CUCCACAUACUGCCUGUCACAGAGCUCCACAUACUGCCUGUCACAGAGCUCCACAUGGUGUGUGUCACAGAGCUCCACAUGAUGUCUGGCUCCUUGGGGGAGGAGUUUGUUUAUAUCAGAAGGCGGGACUUGGAGCGCUUGACUACUGAAAUUAUGCAGAUGAAAGAAUUUCUGCCACAAAUCCUAAACCAGGAAUUGGUUGAUAAUGUCCAGAGACUUGAGCAAGCAGAAACUACUCUGGAGGUAAAGGAUCAGGACUGUGGACAUUUAAGAGCUCGUCUGGAGGCUGCUCAGACCGAAUGUCUGAAGGAGAAACAGGAGAAACUGUCUCUACUGGCCAAGCUGGAGCACCUCCAGGAGCAGUCUGUGCAGCAGGCUGAGUUCUGCACUCACAUGGGCUCUGCAACCUGCACCUUACUCUGGGCCGUUUCAAACAGAGAGGAGGCUGUGAAGAGCAUUCUGGGAGGGGGCAAAGCGAAUGCAUUCUUCACUCUAGCCGCACAGACGCUGUCUAGUUACGUGGCGUCACUGAACGAGGAGCAGCCACAAGAUGAGGACAGGGAGGAAAGCCAGUUUGUUUUGGGCCUGGCCGGGACCAUUACCAAUGUGGCAGCUGUUCCAUGUGGACGUGACCUUUUGGUGAAUUUGUGCCAAGACCUUCUGGAGACCUGGAUCUGCCUUCUUGGGGCCAUCAGACCAGGGACCUGCAGCCGUCUAAGAGUUGUCAUGCUGAUGUGUCUAUAUAAUGUCUCGAUUAAUCGUAAAGGCCUGUCCUGGUUGAGUCAGAGCUUGCCGUUCAUAUCACAGCUCCAGAUACUAUUAACGGAUCCUGAUCUUGAAGUGUGUCUGCACACGAUGCGCCUCUUCCAGUCUGUGGUGCUCGAGUCAGAUAGCCUAAGACACUUCCAGAAUGAGCUUCACAAAUUCAUGCCACGGAUCAUGGAGCUAUCACAUAGCCGCAGCACCGAGCUCCAGGCAUUGGCCUGUGAACUGCUGGAGGAAAUGAAGAGGCUAGAGAAAGAGGGGUAAUGUGGGGAUAUCCAAAUUCCUGUGUGAUGUCACCACUUGCAUGUGUCACUCCCUACUUGUGAUGUCACUCCCUGCAUGUGAGGUCACUCCUGCUUAGUUACAAGUCCUGUUCAGCAUUCCAGUUAAUGAUGUGUUUAUCACAUUCACUAUUUAAAUGCAUUACGUUUACUGACACCAAUAUAGCUCUGUUUUGUUUGCAAAAUGUUGUGUUUUUUUUGUUUUGUUUUUAUACAUAAUAAUCAAUAAACUUACAUUUUACUGUGUUCAUGUUUUCAUUAUGAUUGAUAAUAUCACUUGGGGAUGACUUCACCCGCUUGGCAUGUUUCUAACGCAAAGUACAACACAGUGGGGAUAGUA